GCCACGUGAUUUUAACAAUUUUUGCUACUAAAUAAAAUUAAUUAGAUUCUGGUAUCCAAUUUUGUAAAUGAUUUUAAUAAAGUGAAUAUCAAAAACUUCGAGGAUGACAGCGAUAUACGUAAUAAUGAUAGCGUGUAUGCUGACAUGCGGCGUUCGUGCACAGUUCAUAGACAAGAUGCAAUUAUAUGAGAAGGAGUGUCUCGGGGAGGACAAGUUCGCCUGCCUGAUGGGUGGUUGUGUGCUCCAGAGCCAGUACUGCGACGGGAACAUAGACUGUCCGGACGCCACAGAUGAGGACUUCUGUCCGAGCCACUCACCAGAUCCCGAGACUUGCCACAAGAGCCACCAGUUCCUAUGCGCCGACGGUAAGAAAUGCAUCCCCCACACUUGGAUAUGCAACAACUACACCGACUGCGACGAUGGAAGUGAUGAAGUCAACUGCACAGACCAGCUGGACGUUAAGGAUAACUCCACUUGCAAAGGUUUUACAUGUGAUGGUAACAAGUGCAUAUCAAAACUAUGGGUCUGCGAUGGCAUAUAUGAUUGCCUCGACAAGACUGACGAGUAUACGGAGAAUAAUUGCAGGCAAUCUCUUAUCUCGCAUUUAAGAUACGACGGCACGUGUUCUCAGUUGAACAUCCUCAAAGAUAAUUACAGAUGCAUUGAUUCCUCUUACUGUCUGCCCGCUAAAUUGAUGUGUGACGGUAUGGUGGAUUGUAGAGACGGAAGUGACGAGGGCGCGUUUUGUGAUAAAUGGAACACGAGCUGCGCCGACAAUCCGUGUAAAGGCAAUAACACACGCUGCAUCCCUGAGCGUUAUGGUCCCUCUUGCAUAUGCAAUGGGUCGCCGUAUCAUUUAAAGUACAACUACACCACAAAUACGUGCGAAGACGUUGACGAAUGUGCAGCAGCUAUUCCCCUGUGCUCGCACACUUGUCACAAUUUAUACGGCAGAUUUAAGUGUAGCUGUGAUGAAGGCUAUACUGAAGAUAGGCUCGGAUAUCUCUGUUUUGCUUCAGGUCCCGAAGCAUUAUUAUUUUACAGUACUAAAAAUGAAAUAGGAUUCAUAAAAGUCAGAUCUAAGGAACGAGUUACUUUGGUUACUGGAAUAAAAGAGGCACAUGGAGUAGCAUACAAUGGCAGGUAUUUGUUCUGGGUGGAAACCGCACAAGGACAUCAGGCUAUCAUGAGAGCUGAUCUGGAAAACGUACAGGAAACUAAAGAGGUGAUAGUGGGAAUUGGUAUAGAGGAGCCAGGAGAUAUCGCAGUGGAUUGGCUGGGCGGGCACAUCUACUUCAGUGACUCAGAGCGUGGUAUGAUCGCCGUUUGUCGCACUGAUGGCUCAAUAUGUACUAUAUUGAAGACACAUACGAACAACCCGAGAUUCGUCACUUUGGCUGUUAAAUAUGGACAAAUGUAUUGGGCGGACUGGCAUCACCGUCCUGUGAUUAUGGCAGCGCGAAUGGAUGGUUCAGAUACUGAAUUACUUGUUGAUAAUCUAAAAGGAUACGCAACUGGCCUCGCUGUGGACGUACCGAAUGGACGUCUCUACUAUGUGGACAAUACUAUCAAGGCUGUCAAGUUAGAUGAUAAGCAGACAUAUUCGUUAUUGGAAGGAUCUUACCACCACCCGUACGCAAUCGCUGUAUUUGAAAGGACUGUGUUCUGGAGCGAAUGGACUUCUCAAUCCAUACAGACGACGGAUAAGUUAAACGGUAUCGCUGCGAAACGAGAAAAUUUGGCCACUUUCGAUACACCUGUUCAUGAUAUGCACAUUUAUCACCCAGUUCUGAUGAAACAGAAGACAAAUCCAUGCAGGAAGCACAACUGUUCACAUAUGUGUCUACUGACAUCCAAUGUUACGUACACUUGCGCAUGCCCUGAAGGAAUGAGGCUGAAACAAAAUACCUGCUACAAUAUAGAAGAUUAUAAGCCUUUAUACUUGAUAGUAGGAAGUGGAGCGAUAUUCACUCAAGUACACUACGACAGUUUGGGAAGUGCGGAGACACACGCGUCACAUUUUAAUAUUGGUUGGGUGCAAGCGAUGGCAUACGACAACUCAAGAGAUGUCCUGUACGUAUACGACGGCCAGCGUAAACUUUUAAGCUACAUAAAUAUGAGCGACUUCUCUUUAGGAUUAACACGACCUUUCUAUUAUAAUGGCCUGAUGAAUAUUAUCGACAUGGAUUAUGAUUAUGUAUCUGAUUCUCUGUAUAUGCUGGAUGCCGGAAGAAAUAUAAUAGAAGUGAUGUCACUGAAGAAGCAAGACCGAGUAAUAAUGUAUAUAUUGCCCCAACAAGAGACCCCACUCAGCUUUUGUGUUAUGCCUGAUUAUGGAAAACUCCUGUUAGCAGUACGUGACAAUGGUGACAACGUAGUACAUAUCGACAGUAUGGGAUUGGACGGCAGUGGAAGGAAACGUGUCGUCACGACUGAUCUUAGAGGUCCCCGAAUAACAUUACGUUACGCACAUUAUAUGGACUUGGUGUAUAUUGCAGACGACGGCAACAGCGUCAUUGAUUUGAUGCACCCUAAAGGAAUAGGUAGAGAGAGAUUUCGCGAACUAUCAACCUCCAUAUCAUCCUUAGCACUGACGGAUGGGUACGUAUUCUGGGCCGAUCGUCGCACACCGCGUCUGUUCUGGGCCCCAAUACACGACGUCACAACUAGAACCCGCAGGAUUCAGCUCUCAAUAUUCCCAAACAACACUAAACUUCACAUCCUGGCAACUACACCACCACUAAGAAACGACAGCCUUCUCAGUAAUCAUCCUUGUAUCGUCCAGAAACCUUGUUCGAAUGUAUGUGUUCAAAUACCCCACCCACACCCGCACACAGCGCCUAACGACUUUCACAUGGGGUACAAAUGCCUGUGCCCACUCUCGCUCUUUAACAGGAAUGGAACAUGCAUCAAGCAGGCCACUUGCAAAGCAUAUGAGAUCUAUUGUCAUAAGAGUAACGUAUGUGUUUCUGAUGCAAAAUAUUGUGAUGGAGAAAAGGAUUGCGCAGAAGGCGAGGACGAAGAAGGCUGCAAUGAAAUACCAUUUCAAAAUCCAGAAAUUUCGUGUCCGCUUGGUCAAAUAAUGUGUGACAGAAAAUGCAUAAAUCAAGAUCAAAAAUGUCCAUCCGCAGUGGCAAACACAACUUCGGAACCGUCUGUUUGUGGCCCGACUCGGUUCCAAUGUUUCUACACUACUACUACUACAAUUUACAAUACAAUUUGCGUGGAGAGGUCCCAACUAUGCGAUGGCAAAGUGGACUGCCCGAACGGCAGUGAUGAAGAAACUAGCAUCUGUGAUACACUUACUUGCAGGGAAAAUGAGUUCAUGUGCACUUCGGGUUCGUGUAUUUUGAGCUCUUUCAAGUGUGAUGGCGAACAAGACUGCGCAGAUGGCUCCGAUGAAGCUGAUUGUAAUAAGACCUGCGCUUUCGGAUAUUACCAAUGCCGUAACAAAAACUGCAUCGAGAUGCGGAAGAGGUGUGACGGUCAGAACGACUGUAGCGAUCACUCUGACGAGGAACUGUGCGAAGAACCAGUCACGAUGUUUGGUGAGACGUUGGUGCCUCGUUGUGAAGAGAGGGAGUACUCUUGUGAGCUAAACAGAAGCAUUUGUUUACCAUUCACGGCACGAUGCAACUUCAAGACAGAAUGUCCAGGCGGCACUGACGAGAUAGGAUGCGAUUUGCGCUGUGCACCUCGCGGUCUCUUCGAGUGCAAGGAGGAACUGAUAUGUCUGGCUGUGAAACAACUCUGCAAUGGUGUCAAAGAUUGCUUAGACGGCUCGGAUGAAAUACCCGAAGUUUGCAGCAUGGUUAACAGAACGUCCAGUUUUUUCCCUCCACCUUUAUACCCUGCAGACGAAUGUCGCAAAGGGUUCUUGUGCAAAAGUGGGCAAUGCAUAGAACUGAAACAAGUCUGCGACCGCAUGCCCGACUGCUUCGAUGGAUCAGACGAAGGCGGCGAUUGCUACUCGGCCUGUAACAACCACUCGUGCAGGUUCAGCUGCGUGUCCACGCCAUCAGGGCCACGGUGCAUAUGCCCAAACGGAUAUAAAAUGGACAUCGAAGGUCAGACGUGUGUUGACAUCGAUGAGUGUGUCAAAGAUACAUGCUCGCAACGUUGUGAGAAUAUACCGGGCUCUUUUCUUUGUUCCUGCUACCAUGGAUAUGCCCUUAGAUCUGACCGUCGCUCCUGCAAAGCGGUUAAGGGCAAUAUGUCAAUAUUAUAUGUAUCGGGUAACACGGUUCGUUCCAUAUCUGCAGAUGGGACAUCUACUAUAAAAUAUAGUGAAGCGAGCGACAAAAUUUUCGACGUGGAUAAUAAUGUGCGAGAAAGUACGCUUUAUGUAACAAUUCCCGAUGCUGGCAAACUGGUAGAGAUACAAAAAGACAAUAAUAAGAUAAAAAUUACAAACAUAGGCAGACCUACAAUGGUUGCGGUGGAUUGGAUAACGGGAAAUGUAUAUUUCGUAGACAAAAGCACGGCGAAUACAACAAAUAACCACAUGAGAGUAUGUAAUUUUAAAAAUAAAAGAUGUGCUAAACUGCAGAAACUCCCUAUAAGUGGUAAUGCAAAGAUGACGUCCCUAAAAGUCGACCCUGCAUCCUGCAGAAUGUUUUACUGCAUAACCAACCACUACGAAUCUGUAGUAUGGUCAGCGUCACUAGCUGGUCAAAACGUUGUAGACUUGAGCACAGUACAAAAUUGCACGGGACUAACGGUGGAUUCCUUCAGAAAAAGGCUAUAUGUCGCCGAAACGGGGCCUUCACUUAUCACCAGAAUGAACUUUGAUGGAGACAGACACAAAACAGUAAUAUUUGGACACCCACAACUUCAAGAACCGAAUGGGUUAGCACUUUUUGAAGACAGCAUCUACUUCUUAGCGGAUAACACAUCAAAACUCAGUCGUUGCCAGCUCUUUGGCAAAAAGCAAUGCGAGCCAUUCAUAUACCGCAUGUUUGAGGCAAAUACAUUUGUGAUAAGUCACGAGAGCGUCCAAAGAGACGACUUGAAGAAUAGUUGCGAGCAAUUCACUUGUUCCAACGUUUGCGUUUUGGACAAAACAGGUCCAUUGUGCGUAUGUUAUGAUGGAACUCUCGCUAAAAAUGGACUUUGCACUAAGGCGGAAAGGAGUAUGCUGCCGCUGUUCGACAACUGGGUUCAGGAAGACUACACAAGCGCCAACAAAGCCGUGCUUGCGGCCCUCACCGCUGCUGGGGUGCUGUUUGUGAUCUAUCUCUCUAUGUUCAUAUACUAUCGCUAUGUGUACCGAGCAAGGGAGAUUCGCGCCUCCACAUAUAUGGAAGUAAGAUUUCAGAAUACCAAUCCACGCAGCCCAUCGGUAUCAUCCCAAACAACAUCUACAAUUGAAGUUCCUGAGCCAAGUACCCCUAGUGAGAGCACACAAGAGUACAUGAACCCAAUACAGUUUGUGAAGGAUAUAUGGCGCCAGUCCGUGCUUCGAAAACCAAGAAAACCUAUUGGUACAGCAGGCUUAAAUGUUCAAAUUCCCAAGACUGAAAAAGAACAUUCUGACACAGAAUCAGACCUAGAUGAUUAGGAGAAGCAGCGAAUUAUUGAUUGAAAUUAACCAUCCUUUUAGAAUACUAUAACUGAAAGAUAGGUUCUUUUUUUGUGGUACAAAAAUAAUUAUAACGAUUUAAUAUAUUUAAGACAGGCAGCAUAAGUAAAGUUCCUUGGUUUGUUACAAAUAUGUGUUUGGGUGAAAACGUUAUACAGGAGCCUUAAAUUUGCUGCCAGCUUGACGAAAAUCUAGUGCUUACCGUUAACAUUAUGUUAUGCACACUUCUAAAAAAAAUUUUAAAUGUUAUAUUUAUACCAACUACUACAUAUACACAGAACUUGUGUGAGCUUGGUGGACAAUCUCCAUCAAAUACGAGAUAUGGAUUAUGGUUUGAAUUAGUCAAUAGGCGCUGCUAAAUAUUAAGGUACCGGAAGAUAGCUAUACUUUAACGUUUCUAACGUUACUUAAGUUUCGAUUGAAUAAGUAUCCUAUAAUUUACUUUGAUUUAUUUUAUAAAUAGAAAACUAAGAUAUAAAUAGCUUUCUCGUGAAUUAUAUGCUAUAUAUAAGUACAUCGACAAAAACGAGUACAUUUUGUUGCAACUUUAUAAAUAAUAAAGUUAUGUAAACUUUUCAUUAUAUCAAUAAUACUAAUAAAUAACUUAUGUACUAAGUUAUAAUAGAGUAACUUUACAACAAUCAAAUCACACAAUUUGUUAAGAAAAAAACAUUAUGUUUGUUACAUUUGAAAGACUGAAUGGUUUAAAUUUAUUAGUGGAUAGAUACUUAUGAAAUAUUUAAGAUAAGCUUCUUUUUUCUAAUUAUGAUUCUUCAUAAUGGAGUGUGGAGUUUUCAUUACCAUUCAAGUUAAAGAAUACCCUAUUAUUACAUAGAUGUUGUUUUAUAUAUGGUAAGAUUGUAUUAAUGCCUUUUUUCCCAUGUCCAAGACAUGGAAAAAAAAAAGGAAUGUAGAAAUAAUAUUACUAAUGUGUGUAUUUUAUCUUAAUGUAAAGAUUAAUUAUCUUUAAUAUCUUAACAUAUCUUUUUCGAAUAGGUACAUACUAAUGAAAUACUUAUAUGAAUAAGACGUUGAAAUAAAAAAUGUUAAUAUUUCCUUAAAAAUCAAUAUUUUUUAGUUUUGGUAUACUGGCAGUUAGCGGACGUUGCCGCAUUUCAGUAUAGGUCAGACAAAGAGGGCAAAUUUUUAACUGAUUCUUUCUCAUACUAUUUGAUACCUCUUUAUUAUGUAUACUAGAUACUUAUCGUUUGUCGGAUUAUAUAUUUCAAUGGAAAAUAAAUUCAUGUUACCUAAAUUGUUAAAUAUUUUUGAUGAAAAUGUAUAAUAUUUUAUAUAAUGCAUGAUAUUUUAUUAUAAAAAUUGAUUAUGACUGAACAUAAUAAAUUGCAAAUUGUAUGAAAAAAAUUAAAUAAAAUGUAACUAUCUGUAUGGUUUGGA